GGAUGGCGUGGGGCCCCGGGGCCGACAUGUUGAUGCUUUUGGAGAUCUCUCUCUCUCUCCACGGUGUAACCAAGUGUCAAAGAGGUCGACGAUGGUCAGCUGCCUGUCCAACACCUCACCUGUCUGCUUACAGCACUGUCUGGUGACUGAAGAGAGAACAGAUGUAUUUAUCAUGUGCUUUAUUACAAUGAUGGUGGCAGAGUGAUCACACAAACAUUUUCAUUUCCACAUUUUCACAUCUCAGCCGAUCACAUGGACACAACACGUGAGCAAUCCAGAGGCUGUCUGGCACGAUGACAUCAGUGAGUAUUACGACUAGCCUUUGGCGAUUUUAGACCCUUGAGGCUAAAUUUCAUAAUCUUGAUCUCUAUAGAUAUGUGAGUACUUUUUGAUUGAAAAAAUUGCCAGACCACUGGGCGCUCACCGGAUUGUUUUCAGGCGCGGGAGGCGAUGAAGGAAGUCAGAAAUGAGAAGCAAGUUUUUCAGCCGUCAACAUAAAGUUUUUUUUCUCCAAUUAUUGAUCAAUGUACAUGCGUUUGGAACGGACAGCAGUUGUGUGUAUUAUUCAAUUGUUUGGUAUCUGUCUUCAAUUUCUUUGAUCAUCUGCCACAAAUGGGAAAAUGUUCUUUACAUAGCACACUGUACCAAACAGGGAAUUUCAGCUUUACUCUGUGAACACCUUACCUUACAAUCACAGAGAUCUGAUUGGCUCUUUGCUGUUGGGAGUGGGCAAAAAGGGAUGUGACGAUAAAGAAGAUGAUAAAAUCAGGCUCAGAGCAAAUUCAACAAUUCAUAUCUAGGUGUCACAAUCCCAGAGUGAUUUACCUCUCGAAGCCGAACUCCUACAGCACACCGGGCACACAGAAGGCCUUCAUGGCAGAGCAAAUGGAGACUAACAGCAGAGAAACACUGAAGGCAGACUUUGAUCAAUUUUGUAUUUCUGAGGAGCUUGGAUUUCUCCUUAAAGAGCCCCUGACUAACCUUCCAGACUAUUAUCGGGUGUGGUUGGACCUGGCAAAUAAUCUCACACAUCUGAUAGAGUCCCAUACACUACGGGAUCAGGUUCACGAGAUGCCGGUCUUGAGUCCCGAUCUCUUGAGUGACCAUCGGGAGCUAAGGCUGGCUCACCUGGUCCUGGGAUUCAUCAGCAUGGGAUAUGUAUGGCAGGAAGGACAACAUGCGCCUGCUCAGAUUCUUCCAAAAGCCCUUGCCUUGCCAUAUUGGCAGGUAUCUGGUAGGCUCGGCCUUCCAGCCAUCCUGACUUAUGCAGAUUCAGUUUUAGCCAACUGGAAAUUAAAGGAUCCCACAGGGGAUAUGGAAAUUGGGAACAUGGACUUGAUAGUUUCCUUUCCUGGUGGUGAGAGUUGCACGGGAUUUUUCCUGGUGUCAUUGUUGGUCGAGAUGGCUGGUAGUUCAGGCAUAACGGGGGCUCUGGAGGUGAUGCAUGCUAUGAAAACCUCGGACCUCAGUGGCAUAAAGAAAGGUCUCGUCAAAGUAACUCAGUCUUUGGAGAAGAUGAAGGAGACGUUCAAACUCAUGCACAAUCAUGUGGAUCCAACUGUCUUUCAUGGAACGUUGCGAAUUUUUGUCUCAGGGUGGCGAGACAACCCCAUGCUUCCAAAUGGGCUGUUGUAUGAAGGUGUGAGCAAUGAGCCAAUUUUAUUAUCAGGCGGAAGUGCAGCCCAGAGUUCAACCAUUCAGUGCUUUGAUGCUUUACUGAGCAUCCAGCAUGAGGAUGAAACAGGAUCCUUCCUGACACGCAUGAGGGAAUACAUGCCUCCUGCCCACCGUCAGCUGAUAGAAACUCUGUCUGUCUGUCCUCUGCGAGACUUCAUCCUGUCCCACUCCAGCUCUGAUCUCUGCCAGGCCUACAACUCCUGUGUCUCAGCACUGGUGGAUUUACGGAACUACCACCUCAAUGCUGUGACCAAGUAUAUCGUUGUGCCCGGUAAUCAGGCCCGUGCCAUGGGGUGCCCGCUGAGAGGUGUGGGUGCUGCGCUGAAUGACAGAGGGACAGGCGGAUCCAAUCUUAUGAUCUUCCUCAAGAGUGUUCGUGACACUGCUCAAAAAGCACUAAUUUUAUAGAGGCCAUCUGCUUCAAAAGAAACUGAAAUGUAAUAUAUAUAUAUAUAUAUAUAUAUAUAUAUAUAUAUAU